CUCGCAACUCGGGUCGUGCUGCGGCCGCGGCACGUGCCGUCGCAACAUGUGCGGACCACGACAUGAAAAUUUCACAUAAAUCUGAUCAUAAUCGCAUCGCAGCGCUUACUUCCUGUUGCCAGUAGGUGGCGCUAUCACUAUAUCUGAAUAUUGUCAUGUACACGUGUUCAGGGCGGGACUGUUAUCAAACCUGAAGUUUCAUUGAGAUUGGACCACGUACACUGAAGUUAUGAGGACGUGUUUAGAGUGGGACUGUUACAGAAUAUGUGAAGUUUAGUGGACAUUGGACAUUGUACACUGAAGAUAUGAGUACUAUCUGUUUUAUGGCCAAUCGGCGGAAUUCAACACGUCGUCACGGGCACGUGGUUCGAUGUACAAUCACAAAUAGCUCAACUUUUGAUCAGCAAUAUUUUUUAACUGCACUGACCAAUUUUGACGUUGUUCCGAUAAAUUCCCUAGUAGGAGUUCGUUGAAAUAUAACGCAAAAAAACAUUGAAAAUUUACCCAAUGUAAGGAUUUUAAUAACGUAACAUCCUGAACUUCUCUGGAUUGUAUUCACCAAAUUUGAAGUAGAUCUGAUCAAUUCCCUAGAUGUUUCUUAAAAUACAACACCAAAAAUUGCCAGAAAUGACCACAAAAUCCCAAAUGGCCAACUUCCUGUUGGGUUUUGAGUAUGGCUCCAAGAGCCUUUUCUGCUUGUCUGAGCAUGAUACACAUGCGUACCAAUUUUCGUACAUGUCGGUCAUACACACCUUGGGGGCUGAUUCGGAGGGGCGGGGCUUAGCCAUUUGGCGGCGCCUGUGCACGGGUACAAAUGGAUACGUCGAGUUUGGCCGCGGUUUAAUGUUGUGCAAAGUUUCGUGAGAUAACAGAGAAUUACAAUAGGUCCUUGAACUGGUCAGUGCUUUGGCCCUAAUUACUGCCAGCAGGACAACAGAUCAAUACAGUGUCACCCUGAUCAGAUAUACUACCCAUUGAUCGCUGAUGGAGUUCCUCAGGGUUCCAUUGUUGGUCCUUUAUACCAUAAAUCAUGAGUCACUGAACACAACCUGCCUCAGACCGCUGCUUUAGAUAACCUGUGUGUAAACUAUCGCAAUAUAACAGGCAGUGUUUCCUUGCCCUUGUCUCCAAGGUCUUGCUCAUGGUGGUACUGUUGGGUCUCUGUAAAUAAUGUUAUAAAGAGUUCGGUCUAGACCUGCUCUAUUUGAAAAGUGUCCUGAGAUAACUUCUGUUAUGAAUUGGUGCUAUACAAAUAAAAUUGAAUUGAAUUGAAAAUUGAAUUAUGUGUGUGUGAGUGUGUGUGUGUAUGUGUGUGUGUAUGAGUGUGAGUGUCUGUGUGUGAGUGUGUGUGUUACAGUGUGUGUGUCUGUGUGUGUGUGUGUGUGUGUGUUACAGGAUUAGUGACAGCAGCUAUUUAAGCUCAGUGUGCGUGUGUGAGCAGAGCAUCAUGCAGCAGAUCUACAGACAGAGCGACCAACAGUUGGAGGUUUAUACCACCGUCUUCUCUCCGCAAGUGUGCCGCUCGAGGACCAGGACCAGACAUGUGGAGGCAGAGAAGGUGGUGGUGGCAGUGACACAGUACCGGUCCCGCUGGCCGAAGGAGCUGGACCUGAACCAGGGAGACCUGAUCCAGGUUCUGUUUAAGGAGGAUGAGACCUGGUGGUUCGGACGGCUGACAAACGGAAGCGAGGGUUACUUCCCUGCAGCCUGCGUGGAGCCGCUCCAGGGCGGAGUUUCGUCCAAAGCCACGCUGCUGAGGAGGGGGUCGGUACCAGUCGUCGUGACGACAGCAGGCGCCCCCUGUGGCUGCACAAGUGGUCGCAGUACUCCCAAGCUGCUGAGGAAAAACAGCCUCAUGCGCCCGUUGGGACUCGAUGGGUCCUCUGCGCCACCGGGGCCCUCGGCAGCUCCUCCUCACGGAUCCCCCAGCCUCCUCCACCGCGUCCUGACCAAGUCCAGGAGGAAGAGCUGCCCCCACCUUCCCCACCCUCCUCUGGAGAACGGCUCCGUAAACACCGCCUUCCAGCCCGACUAGACUGCCGACCUGCAACCAGUCGCCGCUCUCAGACACCGGGAGAAACGUAGCUUAUUGAUUCUAUUAAGUAUCUACUGAAGACCUCAGGACUGACCCCCUGGCCCCCAGCAGGUCCCAGCUUAUGAAGUCCCGAGACCAUGAGUCAGAAACAAAGACCUUCCUUCCUGGAAGACACUGGAGUGUGUUUCUCCGAGCAGAGACGGAUGCUGAUCUCUGGUCAGUAGACAGAAGAUACUCACACUGACUCACUGUUGGCCAUUUAUUGCACGUUUCUGUUUUACAACAAUCAAAGCUUUGUUUUUCAAUUGUCACAAUUGAAAUAAAAGAAUAAGUGUAAAUAAGUUUUCAUUCAAACCCAAUAAAUUACAGUCAAUUCA